AUGAUGGAAUUAAAUAGAACGCGCAAAGGGCCGCUGCCUGGAGGUCGCCAGGGCGCGUCUGGAGCUGGCGCUGGACGCGGCAGCAUGCGAACCGCCAGCCGAGCGCGAGGUGCUGCACGACCACCCAGCAGCCCCUCGCAUCCAUCAUCCCCACCAGCUGGCUUGGUGUCGGCAGGGUCUUCGCGGGCCCAGCAAUCGGCACCCGCCUCUGGUGGAGUACGCCGCAUGCGUUGGACAACCCAGAUGAACAGCAACGUAUUGCGGGCGUAUUUUAGGGCGAAAGGGGGAGAAACUGGAUGUUUGGCGUAUCGGGCUAGGAUGCAUCGUCUUUUUGCUGAGCUGGAGCCAUCUUUAACCGUCACAGAGCAAAACCUGGCAGACCGAGUUCGGUAUAUCUUGCGCUCAAAUAUAUUUGAUGUCGCCGAACUCGAACGGCUACGACGUGAGGCUGUUCCCUCGUCGGAAGAGAAUGCUACGGCUGAGGAUGCGGCGCCACAAAUGGUAGAGCAACCAGCAAACGUGAAUACCCCAGUUGUGGUUGAUUCAAACGAUGAUGGAACAGUCGCCCAGGAACUGGAAUUAGAGCAUAUGAGGAGUACAUUGGAAGAGGCGAUUGUGGAAACGCGCAGUAUGCCUCUCGAAAAUCGACCGCGACUUCCCCGCAUAGCCCUAAGCAAGCGGAAUCGGGCUGUCGUGAGGGCUCUGAACCCAAUGCUGGUGACCUAUUUGGAAGCCAGCCGGGAGCUUUGCGAGACGGACUCAAUUCUUUUUGGCGCCGCGCUGGCAGUCUGCCAUAUCAUAGGCGCCAAGGUUUCCACGGCUGGACGUGCUACUGGCCAUAGUAGCGCUAUCCCAGCAUGGAGAAGAAGAAUUGAGGAACGUAUCGCAAAGGCUAGAGCUCUCAUCGGCAGACUGAUAUGCUUCAGAUCAGGCAACAACAGGCCAAAAAUUGUGCGCACCGUCAGGAUGGCGUUUGCUGGGACAAAUGUCAGUUUGUUCCAGCCGGAUAUAACGCAAAAACUGACGGAGCGCAUAGAUGAUCUGAAGCAGAGAAUCGCUGCUUGGGGAAAGCGGAUUCGGCGAUAUACCGAGAGGUCGACACGGUUCAACCAGAAUCGUCUCUUCCAGAGUGAUCAGAAGAGGCUCUAUGAAUCAUUGGAGCGACCAAUGGUAAGUGGAACGGGUCCAGCACCGAAUCAGGCCGACACUGUAGCAUUCUGGCGCGGCCUGUGGUCAGAGCCCGUAAACCACAGCGAGGGCCCUUGGACGGAAGUUGUGGCGAGUCAGUGUGCGGGUAUUACGCCCAUGGACCCCGUCAUCAUAACGCCGGAUGACGUAGCUGAGGCGGUCCGUAGGGCCCCGAACUGA